GUCAAAUGCUAAAUCAAAAAAUAACAAUACAGAAAUGUGAAUAAAUAUAUUUUAUUUCGUUUAGUAUUUAAUAGCAAAUAUAUUACAUGCUAAUUUACUUGUAAUCGUAGUGCUCCUUACUCGUAUUAUACUUUGACAUGAUAUGAAAUAAUCCUAUCGAUGUAAUAGAGUUUUGGAGGCGUAUCGUGUCAGCAAUUAUUAAUUCCGUGUAAUUUCUUCUAAUAUACAAACAUGCAUGAGGCAUAUGAAGUAUCCCACCUUCUUAAUCUUACGGUCCAAAUAGAAGCUAUUGCAGCAUAUGAUGGCCACCUCAUACUGGGGACCAGGCAGGGCCACCUGAUGAUGUAUUCACUGUCAACCACCAAUGGGAAUCAGAAAUAUGAGCUACAACUCUUACAGUACUGUAAGAAUUUUAGCAAGAAACCUAUUCAGCAGAUUGAAGUGAUCCCAGGAGAUAACCUUCUAUUGUGUCUCACCGAUAACAUACUAACGACACAUGAUAUUAAAGGUGUGAAUUUCCCACUUCAGAAAACAUUUUCACAAACAAAAGGGGCAUCCCUUUUUGCUAUCGACAAUAAGUCUCAAACCUCCAUGACGGGUGAAUCAAAUUCCGUGGUCCGUCUCUGCGUCGCCGUGCGAAGGAAGCUGCAGUUGUUUUACGGAAAGAAUAAAGAAUUCAAACAGCAUUUGUUUGACUUCAAUAUUCCUGACGUGCCUAAGGUUUUGGCGUGGGGCCAGCAAUAUUUAUGUGUUGGGUUCAAAUCGGAAUAUACAUUGUAUGAUCUCUCAUCAGGGAACCCCAAAGAACUCUUCCCGACCAGCAGCUCUAGGUCUCUAGAGCCCACCAUAGCAAAGUAUUCUGAAACUUGCUUUCUGUUGGGUCGCGAUCUCACCUCAGUUUUAGUUGAAGAAGCUAAAGAGAUAGAAAUAAGGAAUACUGUUAAGUGGCAGUCAGCCCCUAUUGCCCUUGUGUGGGACGAGCCCUACCUCCUCGGGCUGAUGCAGGACGACAACGUGGUGGUGCAAACGGUGGAACCCGCCUUGUUCGUGCAAACACUCCCAGAACUUAAUAAAGCGAGACUGAUGUACAGAUGUAACCGAGGCCUGGUGUUUGCCGCCUCGGUAGGGCAAGUGUGGUGUCUAAGUUCCGUGGACAUCAAUAAACAAAUACAGCAGCUGCUCAAAGACAAACAGUUCCAAAUCGCCAUCAACUUGACGAGUUUGAACGACUGCCCGGAGGAAGAUAAGCGUCAAAAGAUACAUUCCAUCCAAAUGCUCUACGCUCUAGAGCUUUUCGACAACAAGAAAUACGCUCAGGCUAUGAACGAAUUCGGUAAACUGAACACCGAUCCCGCUGACGUCAUAAAGUUAUUCCCAGAGCUAGACAAUAAACCGGGUUCUAGCGGGAAAAAUGGGAAACUAAAAGGGGAAGACUUGGAAAAUGCAUUGAACGCUUUAGUAAAGUACUUGUUGGAGUUGAGGUCGAGGAAGAGUAGCGCGAGCGAAGCGAGUGGUUCGCAAGAUGAGGCGGGACAAAGGAAUGUGCAACAGCAGCUGGAACUCAUUGAUAUAACGCUGCUGAAGUGUUAUUUGCAGAUCAACGACGCCCUAAUCGCGCCACUCCUACGCUUGAACAACUGCCGACUAGACGAAGCCGAAAAGAUCCUGUCAGCGCACGGGAAAUACACGGAUCUUGUAAUCUUGUACCAAACUAAAGGGCAGCAUCUGAAGGCUCUGCAGUUAUUGAAAGAGCAGGCUAAACAGCCGGACUCUAAUCUCAAGGGGUACAAUAUGACCAAGAAGUGCUUGCAGCAACUAGGUGCCGAACACAUAAACCUCAUCUUCGAAUUCUCCGAUUGGAUAAUUCGGGACCACCCAGAAGAAGGCUUAAAGAUAUUCAUCGAAGACAAAAUCGAAGUCGAAAAUCUACCGCGACCGAAAGUUCUAGAUUUCCUACUACGAGAACACAAAUCUCUAGUCGUACCUUAUUUAGAACAUGUUAUACACACAUGGAAUGAUACUAAUAAUCUAUUCCACGAUGCUUUGAUUAAUAUGUACAGAGAAAAAAUUACGGAUAAAAAGGCUAAUAUUACUGAGGAGGAGCUCCAGCAUACGAAGUCGAAAUUGUUGGCUUUCCUGGAGAAAUCUUCGCAUUAUACGCCGGAGAGAGUAAUAUUGCAUUUCCCGGCCGACAGUUUGUUCGAGGAGAGGGCAAUCAUUUUGGAGAAGUUGGGCAGACAUGAACAGGCGCUAGCUAUUUAUGUACAGAUUUUAGGUGACGUCGAUCGAGCCAUACAGUACUGCGAGAAAACAUGCGAUAGAUCCAAUGAAAAGAGCCGCGACAUAUACAUAAUGCUACUCCGAAUACUCAUGAACCCUCAACAGAGCAGCGCGCUCACAGGCCCCCUGGCCAACAUACCCAGACACCCGAAAACGUCGGAGCCUGACCUGGAGACAGCUCUUAGUAUACUGGAGAAGCACGCAGACAAGAUAUCUCCAGUCAAGGCCCUGUCCGUGCUGCCCGAUUCAGUGCCGCUGGCCAGGUUGAAGCACUUCCUAGAGAGCGCACUAGACAACCAGCUGACGCUCAAGCGGAGGACGCAAGUGCUCAAGGGAUUGCUGUAUGCGGAACAUUUACAGGUACAAGAGGUGAAACAGUACCACGAGUCAAAGAGCGUAGUAAUCAACGAUUACAACGUGUGCCCCGUGUGCAAGAAGCGCUUCGGCAACCAGAGCGCCUUCGUGCGGUACCCUAACGGUGACAUCGUGCACUAUUCAUGUAGGCUAGACAAGUGA